CUCUCUCUCUCCCUCUCUUUCUCAUCAAAUUUGACAUUUCUUAUAUUCGACUUGGCAACAUUGUUCAUCAAAAUAAUUGUUAUGGAUACAAUGUCCAGUAAUGAACAACAUAGUGAAUAUGCAAAGUUUAAUUAUGUAUCUCAACGAUUACGUUUUGAUCCAAACAAUAUCCAAUUGAUGACCAAGAUUUACAAUCGUGAUUCUCCUAAAGCAAAUCUUUUGAGUAUAAUUUGGACAACAUAUGAUAAUAAAUGUUUUGCAUAUGGCCACAAUGCAUCUGGCUGUUUGGGCAUUAAUCAAUCACCAUUUUUACAAGCAAAAAAACCAACCUUAAUUCGAGAAUUAUCUGGUCAAAAUCUGAUCAAACUUUGUUCGGGACAGCUUUUUGUAUUGGCUUUAACAAAAAAUGGUCGAUGUUAUUCAUGGGGGGAUAAUCGAUUUGGUCAACUUGGCUUAUCUCGUUCAAAUUCGCACAUAGGUAAACCAUCAUUAAUCAAUGCGAUUAAGGAUCCAAUCGUAGAUCUGGCGUGUGGUCUACAUCAUUCGUUAAUAUUGACAGUAACCAAUCAUCUGUAUUCGUUUGGUUCAAAUUUGACCGGUUCUGUGGGGAAUGGUACAACAUUUCAUCAAUUAAAACCUGUUCAAUUGACAGAUUUCACACUAACACCAUCAUUUGGUGGUGUGGAUUUUGUUGAUAUAGCUUGUGGUGGUUGGCAUUCAGCUGCUGUCAAUCUUAAAGGCGAAAUAUUUGUCUGGGGUUGGAAUCAUACCGGUCAAUGUGGUCAAGAUGAUUUAAAAUCAAAUGUAUUGUCACCAACAAAAUUGAAAACAAAUCUAUUAAUUCAAUCAGUUUGCUGUGGUCAAAAUCAUACAUUAAUGUUAACAUAUGAUGGAAAAGUUUGGGCCAUGGGCAAUAAUCAACAAGGUCAAUGUGGUAUCAUUUCAGAGAAUGAUUCAAUUAAUUUUACAAAACCGAUACUAGUUCCACUUGAUGAACCUGUUUCACAGAUUGGAGCAUGGGCUAAAUCAGAUAUUUCCAUUGCCAAAUCAAAAUUGGGAGGUAAAUUUUUUAUAUGGGGAUCAAUGAAACCUACCGAAACGAUAACAAAUCAUAAUUCGGAAAGGAAAAAUAAUUUAAUACAUAAAAUAUCGUUAUGUUCAUUGGGAAUUCUAUCACCCAUUCAUCAAACAAUGAAUCAGAUUUUGGCAAAUUUUGAUCAAUUUAGAAUAACUGAUGACCGUAAAUUGUUACGAUCCGAACAUCAAGUUAAUUUUCCUUUUGAACGUAUUCUAAUUCAUCAUGAUAAUAUCGAUAUAAAUGUUACAAAUAACAAAUUAUUAGAAACAUUUAAUAAUCAAAAUGAUUGCGAUAUUGCCAUUGGAUUUGGUUCAUCAUGUCAACAAUUUGAUUGUCAACGAAUAAUUUAUGUUCAACAAUUAAUAUUGGAAAGAUUUAAUAAUUUUUUUCAACGUUUACCAAAAUCAUGGAUUAUUGUUGAUGAAGCUCAAUCAUUAACACCACCACCAGACGAACAAAUUGAUUUUGAUGGCCAACCACAAUCAUUGAGUGCCGAUGUUUAUUCGACUGAUGGUGUUCUGAUGACAAAAUUUAUUCAAACAUUAAAUCGACAACGUAAAAGAUUCUAUUUACUUUUAUUGGAUAAAGAUUUAGUUAAUGAACGUGCUAUGUAUGCCUAUUUAAUGUUUCAAUAUAGUACACAAAAAUUUUUAAUCAUUGCAAAACAAGAUCUGAUCGAACUAUUGCGAAUAGCCGAAUUAAUGGAUGAUAAAUUACUAAUGAAUUGCUGUCUGAAUUAUAUUGUUGAAAAAUGUCCCGAUUGUAUGGAACAGAUUUGUUCAUUAUUUAGUCAAGCAUUGCGAUUAGAAUUAUCAUCAGUAAUGGAUUUCUGUGUAAAAAUAUUUCAAUCAAUUCCAGAAAUAGAAAGGCUCGAUUUAUUAGAAAAAAUCUAUCGAAAACGUGAAGAAACGUUUGAUCUGAAAUUUCAUUUUAUAAACAAUCAAAGUAUAACGAAAAAAGAAGAAUUCGUUAUAAAAUGUCACAAACUUGUUUUAUUCGUAAAAGGAAAUGUUUAUCAAUCAUUUUCCAAUUUCAAAUGUUCACAAUUAUUCGAAAAAACCUUACAGAUGGCGAAUAUUUCUUCAAACGAAUCAAUUGAUUCUAUUCGAUCAAAGUUAUUACGUAUGGAUUGUAUUGACCUACCUGUUGAUGAACAAUGGUUUUUCAAUCAUAAAACAUUCGAACUUUUCUUCUAUCACAUUUAUCAUGGAAAAUUUCCAAUGAAUCAUAUGACUGAUAAAGAAUUAAUACAAUUAUAUCAUCUAGCCAAUCUGAUGAAUGAUCCAAUUAUUUGUUCAGAAGUUAUUCAACAAAUACGAUGCCAUAUAAGUAUAGAAAAUGUAUGCCAUUUUUAUAGCCAAUAUUGUGUAAUGACAUCAUCCACAACAACAGAUUCUAAUGAACAAAAUGUUUGUUUAGAUGAAUUGAAACAAAUCUGUAUGGAAACGGCAAAAGAAAAUAUGACCAAACUAUUUCGUGGAUCUGAUUUUCAAUGUUUUAUUCUUACCAAUGAUUAUAUUCUGAAAGAAUUUAUGUCAGAUUUAUCAAAUCAUUUGAAAACAACAUUUUCAUUAUGAUCCAGUUGAAUAAAUAAAUUAUUUUUGUUUUUA